ACAGCAGCGCUUUGACAGGCGAAAAGAAAAACAUCUUCAACCCACUUGGCUGGAUUCACGCAGUUUUGGUGUAACUUUUGCAAUCAAAACACAAAAUGUGGUUCGAAAUCCUGCCCUCGUUCGGAAUCAUUACGGCCGUCCUGUCCGUGCCCGGGUUUGCGCUGUACGGACUGCACAAGCUGACGCUGGACAAUGCAUACCGGCGCAAUACGGAUGAAAGAUGGGACCGCAUUAUGUACACCCGGGACAUGCGACUGACCGGCAACCCGUACCAGUGCAACGGUCUUGAAUCUAUUCCGGAUAAAUAGAGUGUGCCACGGGAUAGUGCAAAGGAAGAGAGGUGCAAAUGUAACGUGUUACUGGGUGUAGAAUAAAUCGUUCGAGAAACCGUGCGCAGUUGAACCCGCUUUA